ACAUGUAUCAAGUGUGCAUUGGUGUCUGAAAAAAUGCGAACUUCAUUUUCUUUCGUUGAGAAUAUCCAUCCAAAUACCAAAUUGAUGUGAAAUUUCUGCCACUCCCACUCUUAAUCGAAUUAGCAUAUAUAUAUAUAAAAUGGGUCCUCCAAAAAAACCCAGCAAAAUGAAGAAAGAUCUGAAGAAGUUUCAGAAAGUGAAGAAGAAGAAGAAAAACAAGAACAAUAGUUCAAAUAAGUCAAUUCCGUUAGAUAAUAAAGCCAUUGAUUGUGAAUGGUGGGAUAUCUUCUGGAACAAGAACUCUCCUCCUCCUAACCCAGAUUCAAAUUCACCCCUCAACGAAGAAGAAGGUUUCAAGCAUUUCUUUCGUGUCUCCAAUAAGACAUUCGAGUACAUCUGUUCCCUUGUAAGAGAAGAUCUAAUCUCGAGACCGCCUUCAGGCCUAAUCAACAUCGAAGGAAGGCUCCUAAGUGUCGAGAAGCAAGUCGCUAUAGCGUUAAGAAGAUUAGCAUCCGGCGAAUCCCAAGUUUCGGUCGGAGCUUCCUUCGGAGUCGGCCAAUCAACUGUCUCCCAAGUGACGUGGCGCUUCAUUGAGGCAAUGGAAGAACGGGCCAGGCACCACCUCAAAUGGCCCGACCCAACUCAAACGGGUCGGAUCAAAUCCGGGUUCGAAUCAUUGACGGGUCUGCCCAACUGCUGCGGUGCGAUCGACUCGACCCACAUAGUCAUGACCCUGCCCGCCGUCCAAACCUCGGACGACUGGUGCGAUCAAGAAAACAACUACAGCAUGUUUGUACAAGGCGUUGUCGAUUUCGAGAUGAGGUUUCUUGAUAUCGUCACGGGUUGGCCGGGUGGCAUGCCCGUUUCGAGGCUGUUGAAAUGCUCGGGUUUUUACAAACUAUGCGAAACCGGCGGGCGGUUAAAUGGUGACGCGAUGAUGAUGUCAUCACCGUCAUCGGAGGGUGAGGAGAUUAGAGAGUAUAUAGUGGGUGGUGCUAGUUACCCUCUUCUUCCGUGGCUUAUAACUCCGUUUCACGAACGCGGUGACUAUGAACACUUCAAUCCAGUUCUUGAAAAUGCGAGAUUGGCUGCGGUCAAUGCGUUUUCGUUGUUGAAGGGUGGUUGGAGAAUCCUUAACAAGGUGAUGUGGCGACCGGACAAGAGGAAACUACCUAGUAUUAUCCUGGUGUGUUGUUUGCUUCAUAAUAUUAUUAUAGAUUGUGGGGAGAGUUUGUGUUCGGAUGUUGCUUUGUCGGCUCAUCACGACUAUGACUAUAAAGGGCAUAUUUGUAAGCAAAUCGAUCCAUCGGGAAUAAGUAUGAGGGAGAAUCUGGCUAAGUAUUUGUUUCGUAAAAAUGGAGAUGCUUUAUGCGCAUGAAUCAUGAUCACUUUCUUGGUUGUAAGAACUCCCUUCUUUUUAUUUUUCUGUGUUAUGAGAUUAUAAUUGAAUUUAGGGAUUGAGAUACAAAAUGCAGAAUAGAGAUCAAGAUUUAUUAUUU